CGCUACUGUUCGUUACCACCCCACAGCAGCGCACCUCAAGUCAGCCUUCGUCCCCUGGGUGUCAUAUUAAACCCCGAACGUGAAGGAUAUCCAUAUUACUGGUCUUCGACUCGCAAUAGCCGCCAUAAACUCGCCUUCGAAACCCCACAGUUCCCGCCUUCAUCAUGUUCCGGAACAACUACGACAACGAUUCAGUCACCUUCUCGCCUCAAGGCCGCAUAUUUCAGGUCGAGUAUGCAUCGGAGGCGGUCAAGCAGGGUUCGGUCGUUGUAGGAAUCGUUAGCAAGACACAUGCGGUGCUUGCAGCAAUCAAGAGGAACGCAGAGGAGCUCUCAUCCUACCAGAAGAAGAUUAUCCCGAUAGAUUCUCACUUCGGUGUCGCCCUCGCUGGUCUAGCCUCCGACGCCCGCGUACUGUCCAACUUCAUGAAGCAGCAAGCCCUCGCCUCGCGCCUGACGUACGACCGUGCCAUCCCACUUUCCGAGAUCACCUCCCGCAUCGCAGAUCGUGCGCAGACUAAUACUCAGCAAUACGGAAGGAGACCUUAUGGUGUUGGAUUACUCAUCGCCGGUAUUGACGCGAAGGGCCCGCAUCUGUUCGAGUUCCAGCCAAGCGGUGUGACACAGGAGAUGGUUGCUUGCGGUAUUGGUGCCAGGAGUCAGAUGGCCAGGACGUAUCUGGAGAGGCACCUAGACGAUUUCGAGGGCGCCAGUAGGGAGGAGCUGAUUAAGCACGCGUUGAGGGCACUGAAGGAGUCGCUGUCACAAGAUAAGGAGCUCACCGUAGACAACACGAGUAUCGGUAUUGGCGGUGUUGGCGAGACUUUCGCUCUUUACGAGCAUCAGGACAUUGCAGAGUGGCUGGACGCUACGUUCGAGAACAGGGAAGGAGGCGACGACGACGACGAAGAGGGUGCUGAUGCCAUGGAGACGGACUCAUGAAGUAACGAUUCAUGGUGCGCU